AGGCUCUAGGUGGCACUGCCCCAGGCACCUGAGUACCACCACUAGUCAAGGGUAGGACUCUGUUGAGAGGGUGGUGACACUCUUUGGUGCCAUAGUGUAAUAGGGGUGGCACUAGAGAGUGGGAAUUAGUGGUUGCUGUUGCCAUCCUGCUGAUCUGGCAGCUAUGGCAGACCCCAAGCAGCAGAUAGAGCAGGAGUGUCAGCAGGUACAGGAGCACCUGCUGAAGCUGACUGCUGACCGUAAUGCCCUCCACCAUGAAUUUGAGCAGCUUACCCGCAGCAGUCAGCGCCUGCUUCAGCAGAUACAGGAAGACAGCACCACUGCUGGAGAGAGGAAGUUCCACAACUAUGAAGCGGAAAAGAAGCGGAUCGAAGAGAAGCUGGAGGCUCUGGAGAACGACAUCUUGGAGAAAAACAAGAAGAUCCUCCUCUUAGAUUCCAAAGCAGGCGAUUACUUAUUGCAAGUGAGCACUGCUAGCAACACGCUCUUUGAUAAUGAGGUUGCAAAAUCUGGCAUCAGUGGUGAUGCAGUGGGUAGCAGGGAGGUUCUAGCAUGUAGCCAGGGCGGUAGUUCUACUAGUAACGAGGUGGUUCUUAGCAGUGUUGAUAAGAUUGAAGAUAAUAAUGUUUUGUGUAGUAAAGAAGCAGCAAGUGAUGUUAUUAUUAGUAAGGUUUGUGAGCAAGGUAAAGUAGAGGAACCCAGUCAGCAGGUAGCAGAACCUCCUGCUGGUGGGUGCCUCAUCUCCUGCUCCACUACUGAAGAAGCUGCAGUGGAAGUACAGGUGGAAAAAGAAAUUUCAGUCAGUGAAGAUGAAGUGAAAAAAGAAAAAUUGAAAGAAAUUGAUCAUAGUGCAAAAACAGUUGAUGUGAAAGAAGGGGAUACCAGUGUUAAAAGUUCACUUGAGGGAAAUACAGAGGUGGUAGAUAGUGCGAGAGAAAAUAAUGGAAUACCUGAAGAUGAUGAUAAAGGUGAAGUCAAUAUGGAGGCGGUGAAUAACAGCAAUGAAGAAGUUAUGAAUGAGGUGAUGUAUGGCAGUGUGGGGCAUAGUGCAUUGCAUGUUGCUGCUGCACCGUCAGGCUUGUCUGUAGCAGCAACCAUGCAGCAGGCUGCUGCUGGUGCAGCUGUGCCUGCUGCUACACAUGCACCAUUGUCUCCAUCUGUUGCAACUGCAGCUUCCUUGCAGCAGUCUGCUGCUGGUGCAGCUAUCCCUAUACCUGCACCAUUGACUCCAUCUGUAGCAGUUACUGUGCAGCAGGCUUCUGCUGAUGCGGCUGUCCCUACUGCUCCACCUGCACUGUUAAGUCUAUCUGUUGCAAGUGCAGCUUCCCUGCAGCAGGCUGCUGCUGGUGCAACUGCCCCUACUGCUGCACCUUCUGAAACAUCUGCUAGAGGUACACCAGGGGCAGACAGUACAGGUAAGCAGACUAGUGGUAAUGGGUCACCAGUGCGUGAUCAAGUGGCCUCUCUGUCGGUGCUCGUGGCUGAGCUGCGUCGUGUCAAGGACGACAUGGGCAAGUGCAUGUCCAUCAAGGAACAAUCCUUCAUUGAACUGGAAGAUCAGCUUCAGGCUGCCAACAGAGAACUUUCGGCUCUCAAGGUUUCAAUGUCGGCUGUGUCGAAGGAUCUGGAAGAAAAGGAGCAGCGUUAUCAAGCCUUGGAAGAAGAGAACAAGAAGAAGAAGAUGGAUAUUGAGUUUAAGAUGAGUGAGAUACAAGAAGUGACAACGAAGUGUACCAUGCUGGCCGAGGAGAAGACGGAUUUGUUGCGCAAGUUGGAGGUGUUGGAGAUCAUGAUGACGGAAUAUCGUACGGAGAUCGAGAUGCUCAUCGCGGAGAAGACCAAGAUGGAGGAACAGACCAAAGAGUUACUGGCUGCCAAGACGACAACGUCGACGGCCGAGGCUGAGAUAGACUCCAGGACCAGUGUGGAGGAGAAGGAAAAGGAAAUUGAAGAACUAGUGGAGAAGGUGCAGAGUAUGGAGAAGGCAAUGAAAGAAUUGAACGAUAAGUUGAAAGUCACCAACAGGCACUUGAAGGUGAUGGCUCGUGAACGCGAACACAAGCAGAAGGAAUGUGAGGUUCUUCGACGCAAGGUGGAAAUGGUGGAGCUCAAGAUGUGUGAGCUUCAAGGAACCUUCGACAUGCUGGUGAAAGCUGUCAUGGUCGAACGAGACAAUGUUAUUAAGGACAUGGAAGACAAGACCGGCCAGAUAGACGACCUCCAGCAGACUCUAGUUCGACUCAAGGACACUCAUGAGCAGGAGCUGGAAAAUGUUCUCUAUGAAAAAAGGCUCCUUGAUGACGAGCUCUCCAGGUAUAGAUCCGGGGAGCUGAGGUCAUCAGCAGUAGCUGUAGUGGAGCAGAGAGACUUUGAUGUUGUCACACAAGAGAAACAGACAUUGGAAAUUCAAGUGAAACAGAAGACAGAGGAGACUAAAAUCCUCCAGGAUAAAGUAGAGAACAUCCAGCAUGACAUGACGGAGUUCGUGGCAUCUCUGAAGGACGAGAUGCAACGCCUCAAGGAAGACAGCGAGAAGGUGAAAGCAGAGAAGAAUGACUUGACUGCAACGUUCACCACUCUGCACGCCGAACAUUUAGACCUGACCAACAGACACCAGCAGUUGGAAAUGUCGUUCCAAGAACUGGAAAAGUCGAAACGAGAAAAGACUGACAAUCUGGAGUCCCUACGACUCCAGUUGGAGGACCUCCAGCACCAACUGGAAGAUGUCAAUACCAAGAACAUCAAAACAACGGCUGUGAUGCGCACCAAAGAGGAGGAAUUUCGUGAGGAGUUGGCAGCUCGCGAGGGAACUAUCCAAGAGCUAACCAUUACUCUCACAAACAAUCAAAAACAAUCCAUGGAAAACUACAAUGCUCUUCUGGAUGACAAAACUGCUCUGGAGAUCAAAUAUAAAAAUAUCCUCACAGAAAAAGAAAAGCUGAAAAAAGACUUGGAUGAAAAACUAACUUUAUUACAGGAAGAAAAGAGUCAGGAAGUUAAAGAGCUACAGGAAAAAAUAAAGUCAACGAUGGAAGAAUUAAAUAAAGUUAAGAGUGAGCUCUCAGAGCCAGUAAGAGCCGGUGAGGAGCAAGAUAAGGUCGCCUCAUCUCAGGUCAACACUGAUGCACCUUCCCAUCCUCCACCGACUGUUGGAGAAUGUGGAGAAGUUGCAGAUAGAGAGGAACUUAUCAAAGUUCUCACUAAGAGAGGACAGGACCUUAAAGAGGCCCUCGAGAGCACUCACAAUAAGUUGGAUGCCAAAGAGGAAGAAAUACGGACUCUUGUGGAGGAAGAUAUUCCCAAGCUGCGCCAGACCAUCAAAGAGCUCACCAUGGAACUUGAGGCUCUCAAACAGAAGUCUGCCAGCGCGGGAACUUUCGAGAGUCAUGAGCAGUUUGAGUCUGUCAUAGCUGCCAAGGAGGAGAAGAUCAGAGAGCUGGAGUCCAAGGUGGGUGAGCUGGACAAGUGCACAGCGUAUAUCACCCAGCUUGAGGGACGCCUCCAGGAAACCUCAGCUGCUCCGAACACUUUAGAAUCUCAGCUUGAACAAAUAAAUCAGCUUAGUGCAGACAUUUCUAAGCUGAAGGAGGAAUUGCAGCAGAGCUGCAAGGAAUGUGAAGCUUUGAAGGUUACUGUCACAGAACUGCAGAAUGAAAACAAGAAUUUACAGAACGAGAAGUCAAAGUUAGUGGAGGAAUACGAGAAGAAGUUAGAAGAAGCACGUAACAACGUAGAGGAAGCCAGCAGUCAACUAGAAGAAAAAAAAAACUCGGUUGAAAGAUUAGAAAGAGAACUUAGCAGUAGUAUUAGUAGUCACUUAGCUAAGGUUUCUCUAGUAGAGAGGAACCAUAUGAGUAGGGUAGCAGAGUUAGUUAAGCUUCAUAGAUAUAAAGUAGAGGACCUUAGAGUAAGCAACGCAGCUCAGCUCGGCAAGCUGCACAAACACAUUGAAGAUUUGUACCAAGAGAAAGCAGCCCUCAACGACCAACUUCAAACGAUUAAGUUCAGUGUGAGUUCGUCACAACGAGAAAUAACUUUAGAACAAGAAAGAGACAGCCUUCAGUCCCAUGUUAUAACUCUUCAACACAACGUUGAAUCAUUGGAAAAAGAGAAAUUGCAAAUUGAAGAAGAGAAACGACUAUUGAAAAAUGGCUUUGAAGAGGAGCAAAUAAUGGCACUGGAGAUGCAAACCCAAAUGGUGAGUGACCUGGAACAAUUAAUACUGAACUUGGAAUCUGAGAAAGGCAGUCUGGAGAAGGAACUUGCUAACUUACGUUCCUCCUGCGAUGCUCACUCUGCCAGUCUUUUAGAAAGCGAAAAGAAAGUUGCAGUAUGUGAAGAUCUGGUUGUCAACUUGGCCAAGGAAAAGGCAAGUCUCAAGGAGGAGAUCAAAGGUCUUAAAGAAAUCAUCGGAGGAGAGACAGUGUCCCGGAUCAGUGAGGAUCAUCACAAGACCAAGACCAUUGAGGAACUGACAGCUAAGCUUGAGAAGCUGGAAACUUUGCUUGAGAAAGCACAAAUAGCUUUGGAAGAACAAGAAGAUGUUUAUGCUCUUAAGCUUAAAGAAGAAAAAGAUGACCACAUGAUGCAGCUCAAGGCUCUGCGUAAAGAAUUGAACGAAGAAGUUGGCGUGAUCCAGGAGCGGAAAGAGCAAGUGGCGCUAGAGUAUGAAGACAAGAUUGGUCUGAUAAUUGCAGAGUACCAGGAGCAACUCAGUAGCUUGGCCAGCAAGCAUGAGGCCAGGUUGCUGGAAGAGAAGGCUGAAUUUGGCCGAGUGUUGGUCUCCAAGAUUGAUGAGUACGAGGGCCGGUUGGCCACCCAGGCUGCCGACAUCAAGUCAUACGAGGCUCAGCUUGAUGUUCUUCAGGGUGACAUCGACAAUAAGGCAAAGGUGAUCGAGGAGCUGGAGUGCAGCCUCGAUGAGAUGACACUAAUGAGAGCUGCUCUGAGGGCUCAAGUUGACGACCUCAAGUUAAGCAUCACUAAAAUAAAUGAGGGUACAGAAGGGUCUUAUUUGGAUGUCCUCCACGCCGACUAUCAGUCUAGACUGACAGAAGUCCAGGAGCACUAUGAGGCCCAACUAGCGUUCUUGCGCUCAUUGCUCUCAGGAGCAGAGAGUGAGGUACAGAGAGCAACAUGUAGCUCACCUUCCCAGGACUCUGAGUACUCAAUUGAGCUCUCGUGUCUCCGACCGUACUUGCAAGGACAGUCGUCCCCCAUAGCUGACCUGGCAUUAGAAUUAAGGUCACAUUCUGCCCAGGGAUCACAGUCUGGCUUCCUCAGUGAGACUGAUACCAGAGCAUCGUGUCAAAGUUGUCAUAUCUUGGCACGGUCAUCUUCAAGCACCAAGUGCAAGGAAGAAAUUCGCUCUUACUCAUCGGCAGAUGGCAAGAUUGGCAUCACUCUGACUUCCCUAACUGCACAUCUAAGAACUAAAUCUAUAUCUAAGGCUAAAAGUAAGUGCAAGUCCAAUGGAUCAAUCCCACGCUUGCUGCUCAACUCUGCCUCCAGAUCUGAGCUCAAGCAACUACAAGCAACCUUAGGCAACAAGAACAAGUCAAAAAUGUUGGCAAACUUGCCUCAGGGAUCACAGCAGACAAAUGACUUGACAGGAAACACCUGUCAAACUCACACACCUAAUUCUGAUUCUCAUUCAGUAGACAACACACUGGAUGGGUCCAGGCAUGACUCCUACAUUCCCAGCCCUCUCUUUGACUCAGCUCUCUCCAGCAUGGGGGCUAGACCACGGCCCCCUCGCAGAUCUGCUGCAAAGUUCAAAUCCUUUCCGCCAUCAAAACAACCAAUUUGCUUCGAUGCGGAACCCUGCCCAGCCACUGAUGCCAUAUCCAGCACUGGUGAACCCUGUUCAGCCACUGAUGCCACUGUACCCAGCAGUGCUGAGCCCUACCUGGCCCUCAACGCCAUUGUACCCAGCAGUGCCGAGCCCUACCCAGCCCUCGACGCCGGCACCACGCCGCUCGACAAAGUGAAAGGGCUGGCGUUGCUGAAGCGACUAUGGACGAAGCUGGCCAGCAAGCUGCGGCGACGGCGGCCAGGCCUGCCCGGCCUGCCGGGUCGGAUGAGAGGCUGUGGCCGGCCGCGGCCGCCCAUCCGGCCCUCCAGACGCAAGUAGACGUGUGAUGACGCCACGAAUGAGCGCGUCGUGGCUGACAAUGCCAUGAACGAGCGCCUCGUGGCUGACACCACCACGAACGAGCGCCUCAUGGCUGAUGCCACCACGAAUGAGCGUCUUGUGGCUGACACCACCACGAACGAGCGCCUCGUUCUUGCUCUACGUCAGUUCGAGGAAGAGAAACGACAAACAGCUAAAACGAUAGCUAUGUUAGAAUUUAAUAACCAACAUAACAAGAACAAGGUGAGGAACACAGAGCUCUUGAUCCAGGCUGAUGGAGCUUCCCCCCAUCCGUUGAGUUAUGAGAAGCAGAUAAGUCAGAUUGAGGUCAACAAUGCAGACAUGCACAGUAAGAUAGGCACUGUGCAACUGGAGCGAGAUGCUGCAAAAUCGGAGGUUGCAAGUCUCAACUCCUUCAACCUGCAGUUGCAGGAGAAGGUUGGGGACCUCACAGGGGCGAGGGAAGCCCUGCAACACCAGGUUGCAAUGCUGGAGGUCACUGUUGCAGAGCUGGAGGUCAAGGUGGAGGAGACGGAGGUGCAAUCACAAGAGACCAUCCACACUUUGCAGAACAACCUUGUCAACUUGCAGAAACAGGUCCAGGGCCUCAAGGAGACCAGCACCAAGCUGGCCCUGGACCUGGAGAGUGAGAGUAAGCUGCGACUGGAUGCACAGGCCCAGCUUAGCCAGCUUAGACAGCUGCAACGACAACUGGACGAGGCGCGACUUUCUGACGCAGCUAAAAUAAAUGAACUCCAGAGCAAGAACGAGGAACUGGAAGCAACUGUCGUUUGCCUAAAGGAACGACAAGUUCACCAGAACAAGGGACAGGAAACAACAGUCACUACCCUAAAGGAACAACAAACUUGUGAGAAUGAGAAACAGGAAGCGACGGUUACCCUAAAGGAGCGACAAUCUGAGAAUGAGUUCCUAAAGGAACUCAAAGCUCAUGUCGCACAGCUUGAAUCAGAGAAGACAACCCUAAUGGAGAAACUAUCCAGCAUAACAAGCACGGCCGCUGCCUCCACCUCCGAUAACAGUGUAAAUACAACAGCAGAACAGGUUGACGAAAAGACACGAACGAACGUUAGUGAAGACGUGACCAGACUGAAAGAUUUAUUGAAGACGAAAGAUGAAGAAAACAAGAGAAUAAGAGAGUCACUCCAAGAUGCACAACACAGACUAAGACUGUCGGAGGUAAUCAGUGGAGAGGUGGAGGAGCAGCGGAAGAGGGUCCGGGAGCUGGAGUCCAGCCUAACUUCACUACAGGAGCAACACCGCCAGCAGCUGAGGGCUCUAGAGCUUGAGACCCAACGACAGGUCGCUUCCAAGGAACAACAGUGUCAACAAACUAUUUCUUCUGCCUAUGAUCAGCAAGACACUGAGACAAGUGAGCUGGUGCGGCAGCACCGCCAGACACUGCAGGAAGCCACCGCGACGGCGCGACACAAGGCUGCUGCCCUCGACACUGUUGUCAUCGACUACCAGACCAAGCUUAAGGUACGGUGCCAGAACACUUGUAGUUGUUCAACAUGUCAUGAAGGACAACUGGCAGCCCUGGCAGCCAAACUCUGAGACCCAACAUCAAGGCAGGUGGAGCCACUGAAGGUCCGGGCCGAGAAGAUGGUCCGACAACGUGAGGCGCAGCUCCUAGACCAGAAGGACGACCUUACUACAGAGUGGAACAAGGAACGCAGGGAACUGGAACGACUAACACAAGUAGCAGCGGCAGCGUUCAGGAACGGCACUGAAUCUGUGGAGCUUCUUAAGAAGCAAGUAGCAGCUCAACGAAGAGAACUGGAGGAGGUGAAGCUUAAUUAUGGGAAGGAGAUCGGAGAAUUGAAAGCCUUGCUGGAGGUGAAGCGGAGGUCAAGAGGCGGAGGCGGAGGCGGAGUGAGGCUGGGAGUGUCGCUGGAGGAGGCAGCAGAGUUUGAAUAUCUGAAGAACAUUCUCUAUCAGUACAUGUUAGGCAAAGAAACACAGACCCUGAGCAAGGUGCUAUGUGCUGUGGUCAAGUUCGAUGCUCAACAACAACAAGAAAUCUUCGAACAUGAGGAACAGCGCCAGAAUUUGCUACAAGUGGAGAUAGAGCGGACUACCCUCCAUCCAUCGCUCUUGCAAGAAGAUGAUAGAUCAGAUCCAUCCAAGACUCUGUGAUUAUUGAGCUUCAGGGCUGGUCACAAGGGCUGGGACUCUACUGAACAUCUGCAGUCACAAGAUGAAUGAUCUUCCUGACAGUACCUGAAUGAUGAUACAAGCACAUCUCUUACCUAAUUGUGGUUGCUGGGAACGAGUCACAGCUCCUCGCCCCUUGGAGUCCACUGCUGGCACCCACUGCCAUCUGCAUCAGUUGAUUCUGUAUUUAACAUCCCUCAGUACAGCGUUCCAGAAAACAUUUUAACUGAGCACCAUCAUGGCCUGGGCACCAUCAUGACCUGGGCACCAUCAUGGCCUGGGCACCAUCAUGGCCUGGGCAUCAUCAUGGCCUGGGCACCAUCAUGGCCUGGGCACCAUCAUGGCCUGGGCACCAUCAUGACCUGGGCACCAUCAUGGCCUGGGCACCAUCAUGACCUGGGCACCAUCAUCGCCUGGGCACCAUCAUGACCUGGGCA